AUGUCUGCCGCUAUGAUUCCCCAGGUCCGGCAUCGACCGGAUGCUGAUGAGAGCCUUGCUCGUUCCCGACCACUAGUGCCAAAUUCCGAAAAGAGCCACAAGAUUAAUCGCACUGCUUCACACCGAACCAUGAGCCCACCUAGCUAUCUAGACCCAGCUAAACUUCACUCUGGCGACCGAGAAUUGGCCUCAGCCGGUGCUGCUGCCAGCUUAGCACAUGCAGGAUACACGACUCACCAAAUAAACAAAGUGGAGACCGAGCACCCUUUGAGAAACCCAGAGCUUACUGCUGCGAGCUGCCAGGCUGCAUCUCAAGCAGGGAGGUCACAGGCAGUUAGGAAUGCUAAAACAUCAGAGCAGAAGCAUAUAAGCCACGAGAAUAAGAGCGAUGCUGGGGCGAUGCUUGCGGCAACGGACGCGAUAUCCCAUAGCCGCAAGAGAGCUGUGUCAGCUCCUGCAGUGUCCAGCGACGGAAAUCACUCAUCCCAUGCCAUGACCGCUGCUUCAGCAUCCCACAAAAUGUUUUCCGGAUCGGCACCAGUGCGCGGAGAUUCCAAGGUUGAGACCCCGUUGGACGCCCGUAAGGUCCAUGCAACCGCCAUGGCAAAUAUCCGCCGUGAGUUCCAACCUGAGAGAAACGGCAGCCUACACAAACAAGCGGUGGAGGUGGCACGGCAGAUGUUCUCAACCGCGCCCCAGGCGGAUGCUGCUGCGACUUCCAUAUAUUCGCGCCGUCGUCGGGAACCAAAACCGUUGGCACGUCCGCUAACGUUGCAUGAAACAGCUCAAAAAUUAGCGUCGGAGAGAUUAGCCACGAUGGAUGAUCAACACAGGGCUUUCCGAGAUUACUAUAGUGCAGCGAUCCCACCCAGACGCCAGCGCUCUUUCUAUUCGAGAUUCAGGAAGCGCGCUGCCAGCGACAGCGGUCUGGUAGACAUAGACAAUGAACAAUCCGUCAAGGCCCGGCCGCGAAUGACAACCUUGCAGAGUCGAAAAGACAAGGCAUAUGCUGAAAAAAGGGCGCGUGACCAUGAGUCCCUGAUGAAAGCUGCGAGGAAGAAUGCAGACGCUACACUGGACGAUGUUGAUCGAAGAAUUUACGAGUCCACAGGAAGAUCACAAUCUCGCGUGGUAGACAAAGCAAAAACCCUCACAGUUGAUGAUGAGGAUUUAGUUCCUGUCCCUAUCGGUGCAGGACAGUUUGUCGCCCAGGAGGAGGUUGACCGCCUUGCAAAAUCGAAAACCAAACCUGCCGUCGAUGACGUCAUGAGAAGACUUGAGGAACAGCAGGCCAAAGUGAUAGAGGAAGAGCUUGACGAGCGGGAAGCCAUUCGCCAGCAAGGAUUGGAGAAAGAGCGGGAAGAAGAAGCAAGGAGGCCAAAAGGUACCAAAAAGAUUUUAGAUCGCCUCAGCAAGCCCUUAGGAGUCGACUUAUUCCGACGCAAAUCAUCCAAGGCCCGCUGCAAAGUUCCAGCCAAAGACGAGGAGGACGCGGCUUCGGGUGCCCCGACUGAUCACCAAACUCAGCAGAAUGUAGAAGUGGACGGCUGGGCUCAAGUUCCCGAGAAACAAAGUCCUCCAAUAUCCCAUACUCCCACACAUAGCGCGGGAGAAGCGUCCCAAUCCAUAUUGUUAGAACCGCCGCGCGAAAGUCUCUCCCGGCAGCCAACCACUGCUUCCAACAAAUCACAGUCAGGCGUCUCUGAAAAAUCCAGUUCGCAAUCGAAGUUACAGUCCAGGAAGAAGCGAGACGGCAAGGAGGUGGAGCCCACACCAUCCGGUGAGUUAGGCAAUAUUAACGGCUCUGAACCGGCGGAGGAAAGCACGAAACGAAAAACUGCACCCGCCACAGCCCGCGCCACCACAGCUCCUAUGGUGGUAUCGGUGAAUGGAAGAAAGGCGCCAGAUAACGGGCCUGCGUAUAUGGAGGCGAGGCCAGCUCUGCCUCAAUGGAGCUCAUCUAUAGAAAGCCCACGAGCGGUACGCGAGCAGCAGCAGGAUCAUGGUGGAGGCCUAUCGAGAAGGCUUUCGAUGAAGGCCAGAUGGAAUCUCCGCCUGUUCGGUAAAUCAUCACGGAGAACUGCCUCGGACGGCACUCAGGACUCCUUCGAGGUGCAGCGCGAACGUGGCAUUGCUCAAAGAGGCGCGCCAGCAACUACUGCGGGUGGGAUGGAAGUCCCCCCCGAACCGCUUCGCACCGUACCCUCGCAGAACUCGUCGGUGAAUACGCCAACAAAUCCGUCGAAGUUUACAGAGAACCUGUGA